CUCCCUCUCCAAGGAUAUGGAUGGUGCUAAGCGACUACGGGCUAGCGCCUGUAAAAACUGCCGCCUGCGAAAACGACGAUGCAUCCCAAAUCCACCACCCGCAGGGUGCCAAUUGUGCCAAUCACUAGGGAUUCCCUGUACCCUCAGUCCUUCUGCGGCCCGUCCGGUGUUUUCCCAACUGAGUCAUAUCCCAACCGGACAAGAUGUCGACCCAAGCUGCGUGGACGAGAGACUCCAUCUCUUUGUGUGUACAGAACUAGCGGUGCUGUAUUUUCGCUUCAUUCAUAAUGUGAUGAACACCAUCUUCCAUUCGACCAGCUUCAUGCGGCGACUCAGUGAGGGAUCUGCGUCCAAGAUUGUCGUCUAUGCAAUCUGCGCCCUCUCCGCGCGAUACUCGCACCACCAAACCCUGAAAGCCACUCCGCCCUCGGAGCGAGGGAAGAUAUAUGCCGACGAAGCCUUCCGCCUUUUACGUCCUAAGCUUGUCAUUCCCAGUCUAGAAACAGUCCAGGCGUGUCUCCUUUUGGGCCAGUUUUUGGGAGGCGAAGGUGAGUACCGCACCAAACAUAUCUACGUGGGCAUUGCCCGUCUGCAUGCCGAAGUAAUCCGGCUGUGGGAAAUCCCCGACGACCUCCCUGUCGUGGAUCGCGAAGAGCGCCGUCGUACCUGGCUCACCGUCCGCAUAUCCUAUCAGUGGAGUGCGACGGAUAUGGGCACGGGGCCGAUCGCCGUGCCCUGCAGCCAGCUCAGUUUACCCUGCGUUGACGACCUUUCUUUCCAUACUGGCCCCGCAGCCGGCCUGCAAGAAGGCAGUAGUGCCGUCGGACCACAAUACGGACUGUGGUGCCAAAUGGCCGGCACAUUGGAGAUAUUCGACAAGGUCGCUAGCCUGCUUCGACGGCUCAGUCAGAGUGACGGUAUCUCAUUUACCACCUACUGCAGUGAAGCUCCGCUAUUAGCCCAGCAGCUCAGGCAGUGGGCCAAUGACCUCCCAGAGAAUCUGCAGUACUCGAUAUUCAAUUUACAAAGCCUCUCGGAAUUAGGCCUAGGAAGAACAUUCCUAGCCAUGCACAUCGGAUACCACCAUUUCUACCAGAUGUUAUACUUCCCAUUUCUACAUAUUUCCGUGGCACCGGGUUCGGAACACCUCGCUCUGGGGAGUAAUUUCUUCCGCGACUGCGCCCUAGAGUGCAAAAACAGCGCGAACACCGUUUCCGAAAUUGUCCAAACUGCGUCCACUAAGAAGGACUGCGAGCUACUUUGCCAUCUCUAUGCACAUAUUACCGUGGUUAGCUCCUGCGUCCAUCUGCAUACGCUCCUGCUCAGCGAAGAUGCAAAAGAACUGGAAAUGGCCCGAGAGCGUCUGCUCUUGAAUUUCCGCUAUCUGACGAUUCUAAAAGCGUACUGGCCAGCUGUGGACCGUUCUGCCCAUCGAUUACGGGUCUUCCAAAACCUUUGCAUGGAUUCGAUCUCCAAUCCGUUUGCUUUGGAUAAUUGGAUGGCGCGGUUUCUGACAGAGCCGACCUCUAUAAUCGCUGAGCGAGAGGAUAUGAUGUUUGCCAUUCCGUCCAUGGGCCAGCCGGAGAUUUCUACGCUCUUACAGUCUACCCAGGAUACAAGCGGGGUAGCUAUAACCACUGACACUACCGACCCCUUAGGCGAGUGGUCCUUGAGCACGGUACCGGGGUUCGAUUCCGACUCGAGCAUGUUUUCCUCCCUACUCAAUGAUCGCGACUUAACUACCGAGGACCUGGUGAAGAAUUCUCUUGAAUGGUUACUAGAAUAAAGGAACAUCUA